AUGGAGUUCAACUUCGAGAACGACGCUGAAUUCUAUGAAUGGUUCAUUGGGUCUUUGACGAGAGUACUACAGCUCAAGUAUGUUGCUGUUGGAGUCCUCACGUACAUUGUUUCGGAGUACUUUGCCACCCUGGAGGCCGAGGUGAAAUACAUCUGGGGCAGUAAAUGGACUCCAGUCAAAGUGCUCUUCUUUGUUAUCCGAUAUAUCGGCUUUGUCGACCUUCCAUUGACGAUUAUUUGGAAUGAGGCGACAGGACUGCCUCCAGUGGCUUGCCAUGGUAUUUUCGGGACGACGUCGCUCAUUUGCAACCUCGUCACCGUAUUAGCUGAGGCGAUCCUAUUCCUGCGUGUACAUGCACUCUCCAAGAGAAGUCGGAAAGUAGGGAUCUACCUAGCCACUCACUUUAUCAUCUCCCAUAUUUUCACCUUUUCACUCUUCUUUGUUUUCGUCGACUCGUUAAAGUUUGGUCCUGCUACCCCGGGCAUGCCCUGCUUCCCGCUAGAGUCGAAGAUGGACCAAUUGAUUGGAACCUUUGGUGUCAUCUUGCUGAAUCAAGUUGUCCUCACCGCACUCAGUUUCUACUUCGCCAUUAAGCAUUUUAAAGACACCCAGAGCCCGCUUACAACGACGCUUUACCACGACGGCAUCUUCUACUUUAUCCUUAUGGCUGGGGUGACCAUUUCUAACUUUAUUCUGUCAUUCACUAUGCCUCCUGAACACAAGUUCCUCCUCGCCCCAAUACAACGCGCACUCCACGCAACGCUAUCCGUUCGAAUCAUCCUCCGUAUGCGGGCAUCCGCACAGACCGACUUUGACUUUACAAGCCUCGUCCUCUCGGAAGUCCGGUUCAACAGGUCGAUCAACGGGGAGUUGUCCACGACUGUCAACGAGAGCGGACAAUCCUCUUUGACCGCACAUGGCUCAGAGCUCUCUGAAUCGAAGCCCAAGUUCCUCAAAUAUUGA